AUGGAGCCUCAGAUGGCAGCCAAAGCUGCUGGCCUAGCCCAGCGCUACCAAGCCCAGCACCCUCCGACGCUGCAGAUGGUCAAGGAGGCUCUGCGAGCCCACGAUGAGAAGAAGGGUGCCUCUGUUGUUGCCAUCAAGCGUUUCAUUCUGGCCAAGUACCCCAGUGUGGACCCCAUCCGCCUCAAGUACCUGCUGAAGCAGGCGCUGAGCAAGGGGCUGAGCUGCGGGGAGCUGGUGCGGCCCCACAACUCCUCUGCUGUGGGGGCCACUGGCACCUUCAAGCUAGCAUGCAAGAAACCGCGGCACAAGCAGCAGCUGGGCCAGGUCCGUCCUGACAGAGGACAGGCCCGAAAGCCAGCACAGAAAGGGACCACCAAGGCGCCCCAGGCCCCCGCAGCAGGAGCAGAACACCAAGGUGCUAUCAAGCAGCAGCCAGCAGCCGCCAAGAAGCCCAAGGCGAAGCCCGCGAAGGUCAAGCCUCGAGCAGCACAGAAGCCUGGGAGUGAAAGAGCAAAGCAUCCCCAAGCUGCUGAGCAGCCCCAGGCUCGUGGCACAGGGCUUGCAGGGCCCCCAGAAGCUGCUGGACACUGCCAGGCCCCCCGAAAAGGACACUCGGGAGCCAGCACAGCCCUGGCUGCUGAGAGUGCAGGAGGGAGCGACAGUGACAGCAACAGCUCUGCAAGUGCUGGGCUGAAGGGGUCCCAAAAGGCCCCCAGGGGAAAGAGCAAGGGGAAGGUGCCAAAGGGGGCACAGCAGGAUGCCCCCAAGGCACAGGGAGGACAAGAUCAGGCAAAGAAGCCCCGGGUGACUCCAGGAGCUGGACAGGGGAAGAAGGCCAGGAUGAAGAAGACAGCCGCCAUGGCAGCAGGCAAAACGGCUCCAUAG